AUGCUUUCAUCUCGUUUGAAUAAUCAAUUGAAACCAUCAUUGAUUUUAGUAAUUGAUGAAAAUCAAUCGAGUUCCUCCGUAGGAUUUCAAUUUGCUUGUGCUUAUGCCUGUGAAACUUUCGAAAAAUUUUCAAAAGUCGACAUUCUUCUAACAGAACAUAAUGAAUCCGAUUGGUUCCAUUCGCGUGUAUUUGCAAAACGAAAGGAUUUGAUAUCAAAAAUAAAUGUAAUCGAUAUGUUUGAUGAUAUUCAUUCAACGAAAAAAAUAGAAGAAUGCUUACGAACAUCAACUGAAAAAGGGCUCAUCAUUAUUGAAUCUCUUCCUUGGUUAUUAUUACGAACAUCUGAAGGCAAUUUAUCACGUUUAUUACAUAAUUGGAGUAAAUCGAAUGUAGUCAUAGCUGUACUUCCCUAUGACUGUGUCGAAGAAAGCUCACUAUUUAAAAACCUGAUAUCAAUUUCUUAUAUAACGGUUCGAAUUAAGAAUCUUUUGACAUCAGAAGGAAUCGAAGCAAAAAUCGAACAACGAUCACGUACAAAUGUCGAUACGAUAAAAUCUUGUUUAACAUUUUCAAUUGAUUCUCAACUAAAUCUAAUUAAUUUACGUGAAGAAAAAUUAAGUAAUCGAAAAUUAAAAUCUGCUUCUAAUACUGAUGGACCUUCUAAAAAGGAUGUCACUGCAAAUCUGACAUUCAAUCUUCGCCUUAAAGACGAUGAAGUUGUUGCGAAAAAUAAUCUUAUUUUGCCAUAUACAAAACAACAUACACAAACACCGGCUGAUAGUUGUACUAUACAUUAUUCUUAUGAUAAAGAGGAUGAUAUUGAUGAAGAUGAAGACGAAGAUUUGGACCUGUGA